CGCGCGCCAACGUGGACACCUUUGUUGUGUUGCCCACUGGUUACCACGCGUAACCAAAACCACGGCUUCUCCUGCGGAACAAAGCGCGGCGACUCAAAUACCCGGACCUAUAGACAGCAACUGCAACACUAACAUAUGUUUUAUUUUGCAUCUCGUGAGUAAAAUAAAUUCGAUUAAGACAAUUUUAUAGUUCCAUAUUUCCAUGCGGCGACCAUCUACGGAAUGACAGUUGCGCAACUCUGUUUCGGGUGUGACAAACAGCAUUUGUGUCCUGCCGUGACUCAUAUUUCUAGAUUCUCAAGUAUAGUCGCGGAUAGCCUAUUUAAAGGAGACAUUACUUCUUGUUGAGGUGGCAGCUUGUUUACCUAGGAGUGCUCAUGUUUGACUCUUUUAUGAAAUCACGAGCCGAUGUUUGGGUCACUGGAAUAUCCCUUUAAAUCAUCACGGAUACAAAUUGUUAACUGUUGCUGCAGGAGGCUGCUGGUGUAAAAUUUGUUGUGGAGAGCUUCAGUUGAUCUCUUCUGGGUGUGUGAGCUCCAAAUGCAUUCAUUGCUGGAUCGGAAGAAGAAAGAAGCCGGGGUUGGGAUCGAUCUGUCUCUGAGCUACUCGUUGCCCCAAGCUGCGAGGAUGUUCAGCUGUGUGGGCUGCUUUUGGGUCUUUCUGUCCUCCGCUCUGGUCGCUAUUUGUAGUUUCAGUUUUAUAUCAUCUGCGUGGAUUGUCAAGGACCAUCUGAAAAACAAGGACUCGGUGAGCUUCGGCUUACUUUGGCACUGCUCGGAGUCCCUGGACCAUAUGUACAGAUGCUACACCUUCCGAGGACUCGGGAAAUUCGCUGAGAUUCCAUCCAGCUCGUGGCAGACGAGUGUAGUGCUCUGUUCUGGAGGAUGUGCUGUCCUGGCGGUCAGCUCCCUGUUGGCCAUCAUCACCAUCUUCUUGCCCAGCGGAGGCUGUGAGAGGAGGAUCUGUACACUGGCUGGAUACAUGCAGAUGACUGCGGUGUUCAUCAUGGGGUCUGGGCUGCUGGUCUAUCCCUUUGGGCUGAACUCCACCCUGGUGAGGUCCUUUUGCGGGGACUCAGACAUCUACUAUGCCGGGGACUGCCAGAUCGGCUGGGGAUACAUGCUGGCCAUCGUCGCCGUCAUGCUCACACUCUUCCUACCCUUCUUCGCCAAAUACGCACCAAAGGAGCAUCUGUCCCCAACCCCACUGCCCACUCUCUUAUAGGACAACAACUGACCCCACCUUCCCCAACCUCAUCCAGUCAGUUUGCUACAGUACUUCCUACUUCCCUGUAUGAUGGAGAUGGGGGAAACCCCUGCAUCCACUUCUUCAGUAGGAUGCCAUUUUAAAAAGCCCUGCCUCUGACAUACAACUAGGCUAUACCCAACUGUGAACAACAUUUAUGUACUGUCUUCCUUCAUACAAAAGCUAUUUCUUUGAUCUAAUAAUUGACCUAAUUGAAUGGAACUAUGUUCUGUUAUUUUUUUUUUCUCCCAAUAAUGUCAAACGUUAACUCAUAUUGUUAUGACUAUUAAUUCACAUUUACUGUCAAUUUGUGACUGCAUUUCUGGUUAGACUUAUUUCAUAUUCAGUAUCUUUUCUGGAAAAAAAUACAUUUGAAAGAAACACAAGGAUUGACAACAACUCCCUCUGUUCAGAUGGACAGAAGUAUACAGCGUAUAAACAUUCCUAUCAUGUUAUACAUACAACGUUGGUUUAAUAUUACUGUAACCAGACAGAGGGUGAUGGUCAGGACUAGAACCAUCAUAUGAAUCCAUGGUGACAUUAAGUGGGCAAUAAGAGUGGUCAUUAAAUAUAUCAUUCCAGAAUAAUCAGGGAGUUGUUUGCAAAAAGAGAAGGUGUGAAAAUAAGGAGAAUCUUAAUGAGAAGGUAAAGUAUGGCCUGAGAUUAACAGACAAUAUGAGACAAUUCUACAGUUAUCAAAAAACAUGGACAUGCUUCUAUCUCCAAUGGAUCAAUGCAGAUUUGGCGAACAGUAAAGACAAUGAGAGACCCGUUUGACAUCAAGACAAAGCGAGGAUUAGAAAGGAUAUGAACACGGACUCAGGUCUCAACACAGUGAGCGCAUCAAGGAUUCUGUCCAGUAGAGUUUGAGGAGAGUGGAUUGUAUUAAGGUUUAGAUCCAGAUGCCGUUUUUAUCCAGCAUUGAACACUGACUGAAUGGAUGUCAUAAGAUGGACAUGUAGCACAGUGAAAAAUGACCCUUGGGGACUCACCAUCUGACUUAGCCUACAUCUUCAACAUGGUUUUAAAUGGACUAUUGGACAGUAAAAUUUCUAAAGAAAGAGUUGAAGGGGCUGUACCAAACAAUAUAGAAGUGUCUGACCUGCCUUUAAAACAAAUUAAUAUAGAUAGGUGUGCAUAGUAAUAAUAUAAUACUUGUCUGAUAGUUAACUUUUGAAGACAUAUGAAAAGCAUUUGUUAUACAUUUUAUGUUGGGAAGACAUGACAUCCUUCUACCAACCUUUUCCCAGAGUUCCUAGUGUUAAUAUGGUUGUCUUGUUAACCCAAGUCAUUAUUGUUUCAGUUUUUACACCACACAAUACCAGGGUUGGGGUUAAUUCAACAAAUUCUAAUUAAAUUCCCUUUCCCUGUAAAUUCUAUUUAAUUAAAUUUAAAGUCCAGGUCGUUGAUUCCAGUCCUUGAGGAAUUGAUCAGUCUGCAGUAUAAAUUGAGGAGGCAGAUGCUGGCUAACUUACCACAAGGACCAAACAGAUGCUGGCUAACUAAUUAGUGCUCAGGAAUAAGAUAAUGAAAAAAUAUAUAGAAGCAUGCUGCUCUGACAGCAUGUCACAGUUCAGACCGCCCAGCUAAACUGGAAAUAUAGAAAUACAAGUUGAAAUGAUUUAAAACAAAUAAUGCAGUCAAUGUUUGAUACUAUGUGCAUUCAUUCCAUUAACUGGGGAAUGUACAAAUAUUGAAUUCCAAUUGAAUUAAAUUCCAAAGAUUAAAUGUUUUUACAAUUUGAAUUCAAUUCCAAUUCAAGCAGUCCAACAGUCUAAUUCCAAUUCCAUAACUUGAAGAUAGUUAAAAUUCAAAUUAAAUUCAAUGUAAAUUCUCCACUUCAUGAGUGAAUUCAAGAACUGAAUCCGAAUUUCACAUUAAAUUGAAAUUGACCCCAACACUACAUAAUAUUAGCUAUAGACUAUAAUUCAGGACUACAUUAAAUCAGGCUAAAGGCAAUUAGAUAAGACAGCAUUGUCUAGAAAUGAUUGACUAGAGUGCAGAUGAAGUUGUGGUUAGUUAAUAGUAAAACAGUUUAUCUAGAUUAGAUGAUCUGCUCUGACCAUACCAACGUGUGCCUUUAUAACAGAACCAAGACAAGUUACUUCAAUACUAUUAAUAUCAGGUUACCAUCUACAUCUGCUUAAACUGUGGAUAUUGUAGUGUAAAACAGUUGUAAUUUUGUUAUUUUCUCUGUGUGUGCUGUACUUGUCCUGUAUGCAUUUCAAGAUGUGCUUCUGAACAUUAAAAUAUUCUCUAGAAGAAAAAAAACUUAUGUCUUCUAAAAGCUUGAAGGUAAUGACAGAUAGAACAAACUGUACUUGUGUUGAAUUAUGCUGCUGACACUUUGCCAGUUUAUUCAUAAGAGGUAAAUAACUUUAAUCACUAAAUUAAAAGGUUGCGACAUAUACAGUGGGGCAAAAAAAGUAUUGUCAGCCACCAAUUGUGCAAGUUCUCCCACUUAAAAAGA